AUGGACGACCGGGGCGGCGAUCCGCGGGUCCGAUUCAUCAGGAGCACCGCGGAGAUAUGCUUGGGCGCGGACGGCUCGCUGUUCGAUAUAUUGAUCGCGGACCAAGGGCCUUAUGGCCGGCUACGAUCGUUUUUGGAUGGAGGGGCCCCGGCUAUGCUGCUGGUCCUGCAUAAUUUGCACGAUGCGGCCGCAACGUCCAGGCCGGCUAUAAGCGCAGCAGCAAGUGGGCAGUCCGAAGCGUCCGCGGCUCCGGAUGGUGCUGCGGAAGCGCAGGAUCCCGGCACAGAUGCUGAUUUGGCAUCAGACACACGAGAUGGGGACCAGCAGCAGCAGCAGCUGCAGCAACAGCAAAGGCUUCAAGAGGGCAGCAGGGGCGGGUCCAACGACCAGGAGCCCUUCGGCGCAGACAAGGAGCGUCCACGCUCGGGUUCCGAGCAGGCCGCAGGUGCAGAUGAGCAGCAUGGUCAUGCAGAUGCUACCGGCAGCAGGAUGGACUCCGAUGGGGGCUCCGCGGCCGCAGCUCAUGCACCCACUGACGUGCAGCUGUCGGGGCUCAGGCAGGAGCUGUUGCUGUUUCUGGAGCCCGUGCCUGAGCACCUGGCUGGCUGCAGAACGUUCUACUGCUUGCAUGGCAGCCCGGGGCCUGUUGACCCUGAGCACCCCGAGCAGCAGUUGGAAUGUGGCGUCCUGGCUUCAGGGCCGUCCCUGCGCUCCUUGGAGCAGCUGCUGGCCGACGUGUACCUGCCACUCCUAGUGCAGCAGGCCGCCGACGACGCACGCGCCCCCGGCGGCGCCGCCGUGUCCGCGGCCGUGGCCGCCGCCCUCGGCGCCGUGGGUGGCGGCGGCGGCGGCCGCGAGCUGCUGGCGGCGAUGCAGAAGUACCUGGGGCAGGUCAGCCAGGCGCUGCAGCACCUGCACGGGGACGUGGCUCUUGAGAUUCCCGAGCUGCGCAUCGCGGGGGUGCAGGCCGCGGCGGCCGAGCCGGACGUGGUCGAGGCGCUGGAGGAGGCGGCGGCCGGCUGGAGCGCGGCGCUGGCAGCCCUGAUGCAGGCCGAGGGCGACAAGCGGCCCGGCGGCAAGGGGCCAAUGGCGGAGGUCGAGUUCUGGCGCGCGCGCAGCGCGGUGCUGAGCGGCGUCAGCGAGCAGCUGGCGCUGCCGAGGGCGCAGGAGAUGCUGGCGGUGCUGGAGGCGGGCAGCGAGGACCGGCAGCUGCUGGCGGCGCUGAAGGGGCAGAUGGCUGAGCUGGAGAAGUUGGCCACAGAGGCGCGCGACAACGUCAAGUUUCUCAGCACCCUGGAGCGGCACUUCAAGGCCAUCAGCUCGGGGCCGCUGCCGGCCAUCGCCGACUGCCUGCUGCCGCUGAUGAGCGCGCUGCGGAUGGUCUGGAUCAUGUCGCGCCACUAUGGGGAUGACGAGCGGAUGGGCGCUCUGCUGGGCCGCAUCGGGCGCGAGAUCGGCGACCGUGUGGAGGGCGCCAUCGCGCUGCACGCGCUGUUCACCAUGCCUGCCGCGGAGGCCGGGGAGCUGCUGCGAACCAGCAAGGCGCUGCUGGAGCAAUGGCACUCCACCUACAUGCAGGUCCGCGAGAAGAUCGAGCUGAGCGGCCGCGACGCACGCUGGGAGUUCCUCAAGGGCCCUCUGUUUGGCCGCACAAACUACAUGGCGGAGAUCUGCGGUGCCCUGGCGGAGAUGGUGGAGGUGGUGGACGACUUCUUCAAAUUCCUGGGGCCGGAGCUGAAGGCAGUCACAGGGGACACGAAGGGCAUCGAUGAUGUCAUCGAGCGCGUUCAGCUGAUGGUGGAACCCGUUGAGACGGCGCUGUUCAACGUGUUUGACAUCGCCCACGCAAGUCAAUGGCGCGCGCUGCGGCAGCGGUUUUACCAGGACAACGAGGAGGUCAAGGCCGCCACGCGCGAGCUGAUUGACACCAGCUUCCGCAAGCUGCGCAGCGCAGAGGGCGCCUUCGAGCUGCUGUCCAACUUCCGCAGCAUCGAGAGUCGCGGCGCGAUCCAGCAGCAGAUGAUGAACAAGCUGGUGGAUAUUCUGGAGCAGUUCCACAGGGAGAUCGGCGCAGCGCAGGAGGUGUUUGAGCGGUGCAAGGCCAACCCUCCCGUGCCCCGCAACCAGCCGCCAGUGGCAGGCGCCAUACAGUGGAGCCACCUGCUCCUGACCCGUGUCAAGCAGACCAUGGCCAAGCUGCAAGUUGCGGAGCCGGACGGCGCUUGGUGCGAGCACACAGUUGGGCAACAGGUGCAUGACGGCUACACGGCCCUGGCGCGCUGCGUGAUGCGCUUCGAGAAGGCCACCUUUGCCGCCUGGCACGACGGAGCCGACGCUGUGGCCAUGGCCCACCUGAAGCAGCCCAUCCUGGUCAAGGACCCAGCCACAGGCCACGUGACGGUCAACUUCCACCCUGACCUGCACCAGCUUAUGCUGGAGGCUCGAUACCUCGACAGGCAGCGCUUCCCCAUACCGCCGAUCGCGCUCCAGGUGGCGCUGCAGGAGGAGGAAUACCGCCGGUGGACAGAGGCCCUCGAGGGGCUGCUGGAGGAGUAUGACAAGGUGGUCGGCGCCCUCAGCGACGCAGAGCGCGAUCUCUUGUCAGCCAAGCUCGCCGCCCUGGCGCAUGGCCUGGAGCCCGGGCUCGUCCGCCUCAACUGGAACAGUCGCGGCAUUGACGACUUUGUGGGCAAGGCGGGCGCGGCGGUGCACGAGUUCCGGGGCGUCGUCAACCAGGUGUCCAAGAACGCAGCAAUCCUGGAGAAGGCCGUGGGGGCAAUCGCGUCCACCCAGCUGGUGGCGGAGGUGCCCCAAGGGUCUGAGGUGCCUGAGCUACAGGAGUUUUACGAGGGCAUGGAGCAGGCGCGAUCGGCAGUGGUGGAGGUGGCCGUCAAGAAGUACCGCUCCCUCACACCCAUCCUCUGCAAGUUGGAGGAGCUGGUGGCUGGCACCAACAACGGCCGCUCCCCCCAGCUGGCGGGCUACUACAGCUUCUGGGAGCAGGCCGUUUUCAACGCCCUGGCCGUCAUGCUGCUGCGCGGCCUCGACCGCCUGCACACAAUGUUUGGGCCAGCUGCCAAGCAGCCCCUCUUCAGGCUCAAGACGUCGCUCCAGAACGCCGAGGUGGUGGUGCAGCCGCCAGUCAAGGAGACCACAAAGCUGCUCACCAGCUACGUCAAGAACGUCGCAGAGAGCUGCAGGGAGUUUGUGCGCUGGAUGGACGGCACGUGCGUCGAGAUGCCGGACCAGCGGCCGCAGGGCGAGACGGAGGGCGAGCCGUUGGUGAUGACGUACAACACGGAGGUGCUGCGCAUCCAGCAGGUGAUGGCGUCUGCGGUGCAGGUGCACCAGGACAUCACCAAGUCCGGCCAGCGCAUCUCCCGCCACCUGGAGGCGUGGCGCCGCUGGGGCGACAUCUGGAAGACCGACAAGGCCGCGCUGCUGGACAAGUUCAAGGCCAAGGCACCCGGCUGCGCGGCGUUCGUGGAGAAGUUCACGCUGUUCAAAAAGCAAGCUGACUACUUCUGGGAGCAGGCGCGCGACGCCGACAUGGGGUUCGUGCGCGUCGCGGGCGCCGCCCUCGGCCUGAGCGUCCACGAGGAGUGCCUGCAGUGGACGCGCGCGCUGGCGGCCGCGAUGCGCGAGGUGGACGAGGCGGCGGCGGCGGCGCUGCGGGCCAAGAUGGCGGCGAUGGACGAGGCGCUGGCGCGGGACCCCUCGACCCUAGACGAGCUCAAGGAGCUGCUGGGCGUGGUGGCGGCUGUGAGGGGCGAGGGCAUGAUGAUGGAGCUGCGCUGCGCAGACCUGGAGGAGCGCUACCGCACGCGCCUGCUGUUCGCGGUGGGGGAGGCUGCGGCCGCCCAGUGCCGCGCCGACCUGGAGAGCGCCGCCCGCAUCGCGGCGGAGUGGCGCGAGCUGUCGCAGCGCGCGGAGCAGCGCGACUGCGAGCUGGACGGCGUCAAGGGGCGCUUCAGCGAGACGACGCGCCACCAGGUGGCCGAGUUCGCGGCAGAGACGCAUGCCCUCGCUGAGAAGCUCAAGGCACAGGGCCCCGGAACGCCGGGUGUCGCGCUGGCAGCCGGGCUGGACCUCCUCCGCGCGUUCCAGCAGGAGGCUGAGGUACUGGCGGCGCGGCGCGAGGCCCUGCGGCUGGCGGAGCAGCUGUUUGACAUGGACGUCACCGCCUACCCCGUCCUGGCAGAGGUGGAGGCCGAGCUGCGGCGGCUGGGGUCCGUGUAUGGCAUUUAUGGGGAGUAUGCGGACGCGGUGCGCCAGUACAGCGGGCAGCUGUGGAGCGAGCUGGACGUCGGCCGCAUGGUUGACGGCAUGCAGGAGAUCGCCGCCAAGCUGGGCCGCCUCCGCGGCGUGCGGGACAUGCCCGUGUACGGCCUGGUGGAGUCCGAGGUUGCCGGCUUCCUGGAGAGCCUCCCCCUGAUGCGCGAGCUCAAGGGCGACGCGCUGCGACCGCGCCACUGGCGCGCCCUGAUGGCGGCGACGGGCCAGGAGUUCGAGAUGGACCCGCGCACCUUCACGCUGGGCAACAUGUUUGCCAUGCAGCUGCACAGGUUUGGCGAGGACGUGGGCCGCAUCACGUCUGCGGCCGCAAAGGAGCUGGUGAUAGAGACCGAGCUGAAGAAGCUGGGGGACCUCUGGAAGGAGCAGCGCUUCAGCCUCCACAAAUACACCAACAAUGGCAUGGACCGCGGCUGGGUCCUCAAGGGCGUGGACGAGGUGUCGCUGCUGCUGGAGGACAUGGGGCUCAACCUGCAGUCCAUGGUGGCAUCUCCAUACGUGAGGCCGUUUGCGGAGGAGGUCCGCCAGUGGGAGCAGAAGCUCAGCCUCAUCAGCGAGGCCAUUGAGGUGAAUGGGGCGGCUGUGUGGAUGCUGGUGCAGCGCAAGUGGAUGUACCUGGAGUCCAUUUUUGUAGGCAGCGAUGACAUCCGCCACCAGCUACCACAGGAGGCAAAGCGCUUCGACACCAUCGACAGGUCCUGGCUGUCAAUCAUGAACGACACGGCCAAAAACACUCUGGUGCUCGAUGCCUGCAGCACGGACGGCAGGCUGGACCAGCUGCGCGCGCUGUCGGAGCAGCUGGAGCUCUGCCAGAAGAGCCUGAGCGACUACCUGGACACCAAGCGCGCCGCCUUCCCGCGCUUCUACUUCAUCAGCGACGACGAGCUGCUGGCCGUGCUCGGCACCAGCGACCCCACGAGCGUGCAGGAGCACAUGCUGAAGCUCUUUGACAAUGCUGCGUCCCUCAAGUUUGGGCGCGGCAACAAGAGCGUGGUUGGCAUGACGUCAUCGGAGGGGGAGUCGUUCGCCUUCAGGAGCGCCGUGGCUGUGGACGGGCCGGUGGAGGCCUGGAUGACGGGCGUGGAGGCCGAGAUGCGCGCCACCCUGGCCGCGGUGAUGAAGGAGGGCGUGUGGAACUACGCCAAGGCCUCGCGGUCGCGCUGGAUCCUGGACAGCCUGGGCAUGGUCACGCUGGCCGGCAGCCAGGUGUGGUGGACCUGGGAGACGGAGGACGUGUUCCGCCGCGUGCGUGAGGGCGACAAGCACGCCAUGAAGAACUUUGCAGCCAAGCUCACUGGCCAGCUGGGGGACCUCACGGCCAUGGUGCGCGGGGACCUGAACGGUGACGCCCGCCGCAAGGUCAACACGCUGGUCAUCACGGACGUCCACGCGCGCGACAUCGUAGACAUGUUUGUGCGCGACAGCGUCAUGGACGCGCGCGAGUUUGCGUGGGAGAGCCAGCUGCGGUUCUACUGGGACAGGGGCCUGGACGACCUGAUUGUGCGCCAGUGCACCGGCCUGUUCCGGUUCGGCUACGAGUACAUGGGGCUCAACGGCCGCCUCGUCAUCACGGCGCUGACGGACAGGUGCUAUAUGACGCUGACGACGGCCCUGACCUACAGGCUCGGCGGCGCCCCUGCGGGGCCGGCUGGCACGGGCAAGACCGAGACGGUCAAAGACCUGGCCAAGUCGCUAGCCGUGCUGUGCGUGGUGUUCAACUGCGGGGAGGGCCUGGACUACAAGGCCAUGGGCUCCAUAUUUAGCGGCCUCGUGCAGUGCGGGGCGUGGGGCUGCUUCGACGAGUUCAACCGCAUUGAGGCGGAGGUGGGCCGCGGCCAGGGCCCCGAUGCGGCGGCGUGCACGAGCUUGGGGUCGGCUGAGGGUUCCAGGCGGAAGGACAAGCAAAGAGUGAAGCCGCUCCUGCUCUGCAAGACGCGGCCGCCAUCUGCUCAAGAGCCUCUCUUGAAACCCCUUUCAUGA